AAUUAACUUCAUACCUACUGAUUUAUAAUUCUCGUAGUAACUUAAAGUAAAGUUCAUACUAACACUAAAAAAUAUUUUUGAUUUGCGAUAACAAUGUGAACAAAUAGUCGAUUAUUAGCAUCUGCUAAAGAUUUUUUUAUACUGGCAAGAGCCAUGUAGCUAACAAGCAACACACGUUCUACACUUCCUUUUUCUCGUGUACUUUUGACAACACGAGGUUAUAUUUUCUAUUUUCAAUAGAAAAAAACCAAUCAUGGCUGAGGAAAACUGGAAUGACGAUGGCGGUGAAGCGGGCAGCAUGGCUGUGGAAUCCAUGCCACUGCCACAACCCGCUGACAUUCCCGAAAUCAAACUGUUUGGAAGGUGGAGCUGUUAUGAUGUCCAGGUUUCGGACAUGUCUCUUCAGGAUUACAUCUCCGUCAAGGAGAAGUACGCAAAAUACUUGCCCCAUUCCGCCGGCAGGUAUGCUCAUAAACGAUUCCGUAAAGCUCAGUGCCCGAUCGUAGAGCGUUUGACUAACUCUUUGAUGAUGCACGGACGCAACAACGGCAAGAAGUUGAUGGCCGUCCGUAUUGUGAAACACGCUUUUGAGAUCAUUCACCUGCUAACUGGUGAGAACCCUCUGCAAGUGCUGGUAACAGCCAUUAUCAACUCUGGGCCUAGAGAAGACUCCACUAGAAUCGGACGCGCCGGUACCGUCCGUCGUCAGGCUGUCGAUGUAUCUCCUCUCCGCCGUGUCAACCAAGCCAUCUGGUUAUUGUGCACUGGUGCACGUGAAGCUGCAUUCAGAAACAUUAAAACAAUUGCUGAAUGUGUUGCUGAUGAACUUAUCAACGCUGCUAAGGGCUCAUCAAACUCAUAUGCGAUCAAGAAGAAAGAUGAGUUGGAGCGUGUUGCUAAAUCCAACCGUUAAAUAAUAAUUAUAAGACCUCUUCUUAUUAAAAAAAAAUUCGAAA